AUGGCCGAGCAAGAAAGCGCCGCUUGGAUGUAUUCGACGCGAUGUUUCAUAUUUUAUGGUAUACAAGCCGUUGGUCUUGCGGCGCAGAUUCCGCUUAGUGCCCAAGCGAGCUCAUCUUACUUCAAAGAACUUUUUCUACUUGUGAUUAUGCAAGCUGCUUGUUUGGGUCUAGUUCUCCUCACCACUGCUUGGAAGAUAGCAGGACCACGCCGCACCACUCCUCAUAUCACUGAAUAUAUUACGGCCACUUGCCUGUCGGUGAUAGUCGCACUCUGGUCUACCGUUGGAGUAUACUCAGUAAAGUGA